GAGAAAAGACACACAGGGCUGUUGUCUGAUAGAUCCAAAUUAUUUUUACUCUUCUAUAUGAUAUAUCUUCUUGCAACAUGGACGUGCAGACAAAAAGGAGCCAGUCAGCAGGAAACAUGCCAAAGGAAGCGAGCAGAGAAAAGACUAACAACAGUGUCUCCAAGAACAGGUGGAUUAAACUGGCAGGGCCUGCAGCAGAAUCACUGGCAAAAGCUUUCCUUGGGCCUUCUGUUGUAGUUUUGCAGGAGAACAAGGGAGCAACAAGAGAAGAAGCAGCAGAAGAAGAUGCAGCAAAAAUGCCAACACCACCAGGACAAGAGGCUGAAAGAAAUGCAGAAGUAACAGGACGAGAAGGAACAGUGUCAGUGCCACUAACAAGGAUUGUCAUCACAGGAGCAGCCCAAGCCGGGAAAAAUAUCAAAGUGCUCAAAAUUUACAGGAUUCUUCUGCUCGGAAAAACCAAAAUUGGGAAAAGCAGCCUUGCAAAUACCAUAUUUGGAGAGGAUGUGUUCGAGAUAAAGCACACUUCCACCCAUGGAACACGUCAGUGUCAAACAGUGUCCAAAUCUGUCCAUGGACGAAGAAUAACCGUGACUGACACUCCUGAUUUCUUUGACACGGACAGACCUGAGGAGCUGAAGCGUGAGAUAGUGAGGUGCAUCUUAGAGUGUGCUCCUGGGCCUCAUGCUUUUUUUGUUGUGCUCAAAGUAGAAGAAUUCACUACUCAGAAGCAGGCUGUCAUUAACAAAAUACUUCAAUAUUUCUCUGAGGAAGCUUUAAAGUAUGUUGUUGUCGUCUUCACUCAUGGUGACCAGCUCCAAGAGGGGAUGACAAUUGAGCAAUUUGUUGCUCAGAAUAAAUGUCUCAGCGAUCUGGUAAAGAAGUGCGGCGGUCGAUGCCAUGUGGUAGAUAAUAAAAACUGGGAAAACAACCAACAGGAUGAAUACAGGAGCAACGAGUUCCAGGUGGCGGAGCUGCUCAACACAACCGACAAGAUAGUGAUGGAAAACAAAGGAGGCUGCUACACCAAUGAGAUAUUCCAAACAGUGAGGAGAGAAGUAGAAAAAGAGGGCAACAGAAUAUCAAUGGUAAAUAUGCAACAACAACACACCAGCAAAAAGGCUAACAACAACCUCUCCAAGCAUGUGUGGAUCAAAUUAACAGGCCCUGCAGCAGAAUCAUUGGCAGAGGCAUUCCUCCAGACAGAUUUGCAGAAAACUGAAGGAGAAGGAGAAGCAGAGGAGAAGGAAGAAGAAGAAACAACAGAGACAAAGGAAGAAAUGGAAACAGACGAAGAAUCAUCAUCAGAAACAAAAGAUGACGUAGAGGAACCACCACAGGAUACAGAGGAAGAACCAAAAGUAGCAACAGACAAAGAUCCAGGAAAAAAAGCAGGAGAAGAAGUAGUGGUAACAGAACUAAAAAAAGCAAAAAAGGGAGAACAAGGAGGCUGGUUCAAAAAGUUUUGCGGUGCUCUGUUUGGGUUUUUGGGGGUGAUAGCUGCAGGAAUUGGGGCAGCAACUUCAGCAGUUAUAGCAGCAGCAGCCGCAGCAGCAGCACUAAGCUUACUGGCCACAUUUGUGUGGUACCACAGCUACUUUAACUGA